CAUAACGAGUUAGCUCGUGGAUUUCAUUGGAUGAGUUGUAACCAAACAAAACGGAGGUUUAAUUUGUGAAUUUCAACGAUAUGAUUAGCACGAUAUUUUAGAAGUGCAUUGGAAUAUUUGCCUGUGUUUUCCAAUAUUUUUGCCAUAAAAAUAGCCGGUUAUGCAAUCCAACUGUCAACAAUGGCAGUUAAAGCAAAUGUCAAAAGAACCAAAAUGACAUGGACUUGUGUUUGAUGCCGCGGCUGUCAAAAAGCGUCUAAAAGUGAAGCAAAAUAGAAGGUAACACGAAGCGUCACGCGCGCUAAAACAGAGCAUUUUAUUUUCUGUAUUUAAGUUGCGUUUAGUUUGUGUUUUUUUUUUUCCAUUUUUUGGACCAGCGGUGGUAUUUCUGUGUUUUCGAUGUACUUCCGUGUUAACAAUUUCAAUGUGUAACUAAAUAUCGGCACAAGGUUUUUGUGAUCCGUACGUCGCUUGUGCAAAUUCCGCUACAUUCACGCAACAGAAAGAACGCCAGAAGAUGCCAAGUAAAACGCGUCCUCGCGAAAGAUCCUCUCAGGUGCAAAAGGCUAAACCAAAAAGAAUAAUGAGAAAACUAAAACGGAACACUGACGAAGCACCACCACCGAGUGAUCUGGAGACAAUACAGUUAAAAGAGGGUACUUCCAACUUUCCAGAAAAUUUUCCAGAAAAGGAAAACGUACUGUCUGGAGAUAUGCGACAAGAAUCUACCGAUGAAAACAGUAAUAACGUUCCACGAUCUCGAGGUCGAUAUUUGCUGAAACAGCUGUCUAGUUCAUUGAGUCCAAAAAUGACUGAAAUCAACACGGAUACCGAACGUCGCGUUAGCCGGUACGGACGGCAUCAGAAACAGAAAGACAAUUCAGAUUACGUACCUGUAGAUCUGAUGAGAUAUGUUGGCAAUUCGCCACUUAAACUUAAACAGAAGACGGAGAUCGCUGAACAAGAUAUCCCACUGUUCGUAAACGUAGAACAAAGACCGGCGACUGAAGAUGCCCCAGUCUUAGAGCUGCCCAAGGAACAAGCUGAAGAUAAAAAAUUGCUCACCAUUGAAGAAAUUAAGAUUGUUAGCACGGAUGAGAGCAAUGUGGAUAUAAGCACUGGCAAUAACACAUUUACACAUGAUUUGAUUAUUCGUAAGCAUUCGUCGGAUGCCGACAGUGCCAAGGGAUCUUCAAUAGAUUUAGGUAAUGGUUAUUGUGCGGGAACCAUUUAUUGGGGCGCUCAGUCAAAGAAGACUAUUCACUGGCCCUGCAUUGUACGGAUUGAUCCAGAGUCCGGCCGGAUAACUCGUAUGCAGGGUGAAAAAAUGAUGGAAGUUCAUGUGUCUUUUUUUGGCGAUAAAGGACGCCGUGGCUGGAUUAAGGAAAUUUGUAUGGUGCCAUUCGAAGGUGUGGAUAGUUACUGCACCGAGGCAAAAAAUCUACGUUACGGAAAACACGUGAAGCAAGCGUUAAGGACAAACAUGCUGAGAAGAUGGAAAAUAGCCUGUGAUUUAGCGGAACAAUACUUUGCACUACCCGUUGAAGAGCGAAUUACUAAGCAUGAUGCUGAAGUGAAGUUGGAAUUAAUAAGCUUAAAAAUAUCGCGAUAUCGUAUGGCGACGCAUUCAGAUAGAAUCACUCAGCAGGCUAUUUCACAGCUGCCAGCAACAGUGCAAUCAGAUAAUCAGACAGCGUUGGAUAGUCGCAUAACAUCUUUCAAGCGAGAGCGUUCUAUGUCACCUGAAAGUCCUGCAUACGAAGCGUUACCAGGCCUUUCCUCACCGGAAAAUCAAAAUCCUAUGAAGAAAAUGAAAUGCUCUACACCUUCGAAGUCCUCCACACACUACGGUAGCAGGAUCGAUCGUUUCCUGCAAUCAUUAGACAACGAGCAAUCAACUUCAGUCGAUGCCGAAAUCUCAGACAAUAGGCUGGCGGAAACGACAUCUGCAUUGAGUGAAUCGAACGUCGAAUAUGAAGAUGUCCUGAAAUUCAUCCGGUACUACAUGUUCGAUGGUCGCACGAAUCCCGAAAUAGAAGAAAGUCUCCAGUUUCAUGUUAGACGAAUAUGUUACCUUAAAAAAGCUUCCAACCGUGGUACAGAGCGUACGGCAAGCCGGCAUCGGAUACAAGCGCUACGUAAAACGUAUGAAAAGUUAGGCCUCGAAUCGAUGGUACCUGCUAGCAGCAACGGUGAGAUUGCCAUAAUGAAAAAGCAAAGGCUUGCAUCACAAAGCACUAAAAAGGAUCCGCAAACUUUAGAGGAAAAGUUCAUUUUCCAACUCGAUAAAAAUUUCCUCAUGAAAGGCAUUCCGAAAGGGUUUGUGUGCUAUGUAUGCAACCGCCCUAAUAACGUUACCAAAUGUAGCAAGUGUUCCCAGCAUGUUCAUUUGUACUGCGUGACCGAUGAUCCAAUGCAGGUGGCAGAGCUGCAAGAGCAAAUAGACGAGAAACGGUUCAUGUGUGCCAUAUGUUCUUCGACGCCUAAAGAUGAUCAGACAAAAUGUUUCAUAUGCAACGAUGGGAAUGAAGAAACGCAAACGGAACAAAAAUUCCGCUGCACGGAUAGCAAAUGUGCGCGCAAGUAUCAUCUUUCCUGCUUGCGGUUGUUUCCACAUUAUCGCACAAUCAGUGCGAAUACAAUUAUAUGUCCUUACCAUGUUUGUCACACAUGCGUGUCGAAUGAUCCACGCGGUAAAGCGUCAUCGGUGAAAACAGCCCUGACAAGCUGUAUGAAGUGUCCCGCUUCGUAUCAUCCGGAUGGUAGAUGCAUACCUGCCGGGUCUGAAAUAUUUACUACCAAACAGCUGGUCUGUCCUAAGCAUAGUCUGGAACAGAUACCCCUGAACGUGAACUGGUGCUUCAUGUGCUGCAAGGGAGGCGAUUUAAUUUGCUGUGAAACGUGUCCGUUUGCUUGUCAUCCGAACUGCCUUCCGUUCACACCGCCGGACGGUAAAUACUUCUGCGAGGAAUGUGAAUCGGGUCGACUGCCACUGUACAACGAGAUCGUUAUUGCAAAGCUGGGGACUUUUCGUUGGUGGCCAGCAUUAACGGUACCACCGUCAGAAAUACCACCGAAUGUACUGCAAUUACGACAGAAGCCGUCGGAUAUUUGUGUGAAAUUUUUCAACAGCCAUGAUAUGGCUUGGCUCAAUCGAAAGAGAAUGUACCUGUACCAGGAUGAGGACUCGGAAAACUUGGGCGUAGGAAAAAGUGGCUCGUCAAUGGAUAGAAAGUACCGUUCGGCCAUGAUCGAAGCGAGCAUCAUUUUCAAAGUAUUACAAUCAACUAAACUGCCCAGCCCCUCAGCCGGCUUAGGCAGCUCCAAAGCUACCCCAAUGUACACGAAGAUAAAAAUGAACAGAUAUAUUGCACCUUUAAAACCACCAUCAGUCAAUCGCCAGCUGGACGGUGUCGAAGAUUCGGUGUGUCGUUGCCAACCUGACGAUGACGAUCCUUGCGGGCCAACGUCGGCGUGUCUAAAUCGUGCGAUCUUUAUGGAGUGCAGCUCAAAAACAUGUCCGGCCAAAGAACGUUGCUCGAAUCAACGAUUCACUAAGCGGAUAUAUCCAAUACUAGAGGUGCGCCAUUUUGCAAACAAAGGUUUCGGUCUAGUUGCGUUACAGGAUUUGCAAAGUGGACAGUUCGUAAUCGAGUAUGUUGGUGAAGUCAUCAACAAUGAGGAGUUUGAACGAAGAGUGAAAACAAUGCAGACAGCGAAGGAAGAGAACUAUUACUUUCUUACCGUCGAUCCUGAUUUAACAAUUGAUGCCGGAGCGAAAGGAAAUGUUUCGCGAUUCAUAAAUCAUUCGUGCGAACCAAAUUGCGAAACCCAAAAGUGGACGAUCGGCGAAACGCGUGUCAUAGGAUUGUUCGCUAUUAAAGAUAUCAAAGCGGGUGAAGAGCUGACGUUUAAUUACAAUUUGGAAAGCUUGGGCAACAGCAAACGCGUAUGCUUGUGCGGUGCAGAAAAAUGUUCCGGAUAUAUUGGUGAGAAAUAUCGCCCAACGAAGGACCAAGACCAAGAAAAAGAAAAGAGAAAAAUUAGAAAAGGCAAAGUCACUAAGAAAAUGGCAAAGGCUCGUAAAACGAAAAAAGGAAUAGUUUCUAAACUUGACGCUGGGGAAACUGUGGGGAAUACUGAAGUGCAUCCCUUAGAUAACGAUGUAGUUCUAGUACCUGGGCCAGCAUCUACAAUAGUAGAUUUACUGGAUGUGAGCGUUCCUAACCCUGUCGCCCUCGAUCCUACGGUGGUUGUUAAGUCGGAAAGAUUGGAAGAAAGUUUUUAGUUCUGUUUUAUUUUAACAUUUUAUUUAGUGACUGAUGUACCACACACAAAGAAGACUGCAUUUUUAAGUCGACACGCAGAAGUGAGCUUCAAAUGUUUGUUCUAUUUAUAUUGAAGAGCGUUUAUGAACUGCCGGUCAUUAAGUCAUGUUUCAUUGUUUUUGUGGAUGUUGAUUGUGCGAAUAACGCCAUCAUAUACGAAUGAAUGCUGGCUAUUAUGUAGAUAGGACUAUUUGACAACAGUCGUAAUAACAGCAGAAUAUCAGGAAAAAAUUCUCUAGCACUAAAUCGAACGAGCGAAGUGUUGAAUGCAAUCGCACAGACGAAAGAACCAUUACCUUUUCUACCCUUUAACUGUUUGCAAGUGUUAAAAUUAUUUUUAACUAUAUUUAUAUUUGUUUCCUAUCGUUUCAUCACAUGGUUUGACUGUUGAAUAAAGAAUAAAAAAUCAUUCUCGUUAAAUGAA